UAGGGUUUUUCCUCUCAACCAAACCCUAAUCAAUCAACAAUGAAGAAUCAUCAUAAUCAGAGCAAAAACAACAAAACCCAAAACCCAGAAUCAAAAUUUCGCUCUGAAUUCAGUAACUGUUCAAAAACCAAAGAUUUCAAAGCUGCAGUCAGCCUUUUCGAAUCUGCAAUUUCACAGAACAUAAAACUGAAUUUGCAUCACUUAAAUUGUUUCUUGUAUAUAUGUUCAAACUCAGUUGAAACUGCAGGGGACCCAGCAAUUGAAAAGGGGUUCAAUAUUUACAAUUACAUGAUAUCGAAUAACGUAAACCCGAAUGAGGCAACUAUUACUGCUGUUUCAAGGUUAGCUGCUGCUAAAAAUGAUGCUGAUUUAUGUUUUGAUCUGGCUAAAAGUUUGUUUCUUAAGUAUAAAGAAAGACCUAGAUUGAGAACAUUUGAUUCUGCAUUGUUUUGUUAUGUCAAGAAUUUAAAUGCCGAAAAGGCGUAUUUGGUUGAAGAAGAAAUUUUGAGUAAUGGGUUGAGUUUGGAGGAACCGGAAAUUUCCGGACUUUUGAAAGUGAGUGUGGAGGUUGGGAAUGGGGUGAAGGUUUAUGAGUAUUUGCAUAAGUUGAGAGAGAGUGUGAGGUGUGUGAGUGAAUCGACUGCAGAGGUUAUCGAGAGUUGGUUUAAGGGAGAUAAUGCAGGGAAAGUGGGUCGCUUGGGAGUUGUGGAUGAGGGUCGGGUUAAAGAUGUGAUUUUGAGGAAUGGCGGUGGGUGGCAUGGGCUUGGGUGGGUUGGGAACGGCGAUUGGGUUGUGGAACGGACUAAUGUUGAUUUGGGAGGUUGUUGUUGUGCUUGUAAAACUCAGUUGGCGUGUGUUGAUAUUGGUGGUGAUGAUACGGAGAAGUUUGCUCAAUCGGUUGUGGCAUUGGCGAUUGAGAGGGAGAAACGAUCCAAUUUCACUCAGUUUCAGAACUGGCUGGAUGAACAUAACAAUUUUGAAGCUAUAUUGGAUGGGGCAAAUAUUGGACUUUACCAGCAAAACUUUGCAGAAGGUGGAUUUAGUGUUUCUCAGCUUGAAAUUGUGGUAAAUGAACUUUAUAAAAGGAGCAAUAAGUGGCCGCUUGUUAUCCUACACGACAAACGAGUUCGUUCUCUUUUCGCUGAUCCUUCUAAUCGAGGGAUACUUGAAGAGUGGAUUGACAGAGGUGUUUUAUAUGGAACUCCCGUCGGUUCAAAUGAUGACUGGUAUUGGCUUUAUGCUUCUGUAAAACUCAAGUGCAUGCUUGUGACAAAUGAUGAAAUGAGAGAUCAUAUUUUUGAACUUCUGGGCCGCAGUUUCUUUCCCAUGUGGAAAGAACGACAUCAGGUUCACUAUGCAUUUCCGAAAGGUAAACUGAAACUUCAGAUGCCACCAUCAUAUUCACUUGUUAUUCAGGAAGCUGAGCGAGGUACAUGGCAUGCGCCCAUAGCCGGAGAAUACAAUGACGAGUCACUUAGAACGUGGCUUUGCAUUAGCCAUAUAGGCCGUGGUAAAGCUUUUGAUGAAAUUUCUAAAUCUGUGAUUAAUGGGAACACCAUGAAUGGGAGUUCUCACUGUUCACAUAAUUCUGGUAUAACUGGUAAAAGAAAAGAAAGAUCUACAUCUCCGACGAAGUAGUAGUUUUAUGAGCCACCAGUAAGAAUUCCUUGUAGACAUCAACAUUUUUGAAACCAAUCUGGGCAUAUUUUACUGCUCUCAAACCAUGUUGUGUUUUUGUGAGUGUUGUAUCAAUAUUUUGUUAAAUUAACAUUCAUCAAUCAUGUUCACGACAA